AUUAAGUUUACAUCCUUGAUUAUGCUGAGCAUUUCACUAUAUAAACCUCGCUUUAUUAUUCAGUAUAAAUAAAACUGUUAACGGACAGCUCUCAUUCAAAGUAUUGGAACAAAGGAUACGGUAUGUGCUACAAAGCAGUAAAGCUUAGUGUCACUCUGGCUCUGUUGGCCGUGGUUGUUCACUCUCAAUCGGAUAUAGUAAAGAUACCAAACUGCGCAGCAACUUUAUGCGCCUUUCCGGACUGCCCUCCUGGACAAUCACCAUACACGCCAAAGGGCAGCUGUUGUCAGCUGUGUCGACCAGACAUCAUUUCUCCACCCGAUAUUUGCGCCCUGGUCAGGUGCGCCCAGCCGAUAUGUCUUGAUGGAGAGGAGUCAUGGACACCGCCAAAAGAGUGUUGCCCUACAUGUAGAUCCAAGAAAGUUUGUGUUCAAGACGGAAAAACAUACCUGGAUGGAGAGACAUUCAAAAAGGAAUGUAACAGAUGUAGAUGUAGCAACGGAGCUGCUCUAUGCACCAAAAUGGGUUGCUUAGGUUGUAGAUACAAUGGCAAGUGGUACAAAGAGGGACAAAAGUUCAAGGAUAACUGCAACACAUGCACCUGUAGACGUGGCAGUGUGUCAUGCACGGAAAAAGCUUGUUCAGACAAGCCCGGGAGAUGCCCGAGUCCAUGGCCGUUCGGGAGUUCGUGCACACAGAUGUGUUCCAGCGACUUUGAUUGCAAGGGGAAAAUGAAAUGCUGCGGCGAUGGAUGUAGUCGCAUGUGCAGACUGCCUGUUGGUAGCGUUGGUGGCGGAUGCAAACAAUAUGGUCGCGUUUACAGUGAAGGAGAAACCGUCUCAUCUAUAAAACGGUGCGAAAGAUGCCGAUGUGUCGAUGGGAGAAUAAAAUGCUCCCCGCCAAUCUGUCCCUUGUGUGUAGGUUUCACACCACCAGGCGCAUGUUGUCCGAGAUGUGGCCUACCAUUUCCACUGGAAAAGGCUUAAACUUAAUUUAUAUUGGAACACAGGAGCGAAUAUAUGUGUAAUGUCUCAGUUUAUAGAACUAUUAUCACAAUAACCAUUGGGAAGUCGUUGUAGCUAAUACUGACAGGAGCCAAAGUUAUCUUUACUUUACUGGUAUAUAAAAAUGUAAUGAAGUGUUAUUUUCAUUUCUAUGUGUUGUUAUUAAGUUCAAACUGUGACAUAGAUGCAAUAUUUUUAUGUACGUUUUUAGUAACUGUAAAUACUUCGUCGUGUAUAUUGAUGUUGUUUUAUUUCAAUGUUCGUUAUAAUAAAUAUUGAUCCAAAUGAU